AGAAGAAGAAGAAGAAGAAGAAGAAGAAGAAGAAGAAGAAGAAGAAGAAGAAGAAGAAGAAGAAGAAGAAGAAGAAGAAGAGCAGUUGUGACAUUAAGAGAGGACUAUUUUCUCUAACUUGAGUAGUAGGCUACCACGAUAGUUUUAAACCGCUGUUUUACAGUGUACGUUGUAUGACAUGUUAAUGGUAAAGAUAGUGAGUGAACGUUUCCUUUAAUUGCGCUUUCAUAGCAAUCUAUCUGGCUUACAUUACACUGCCAUCAUACACACCUGCACGUUUACGCAAAUCAUACUGUUAGUGCACUAAUAAGGCGGCGACAUUACAAGUUUUUUUUUCGUAAAGAGAAUGUCUGAGCAGACGCUAGAGUAUUUCUGGAGCCGGAGAGAAAUAACGAAGAGGAACGCUGCCGAGGUAAGAUGGUCGCACGCUGUCAACAGCAGGAGCAGGCUGACGGAGGCUCUCACAGGUCACACACAUAUGAUUGAGGCUGACAUAGUCAUGAGAGGCCGGGAUCCUAAAGAGCCCAUCAUGGCACAUCCACCUGACACAGAGAGUGACAUCACACUGAAAGAGUGGCUGGAAAAAGUGAAGGAGUAUAACAAGGGAAUAAAACUAGACUUUAAGAGCAUGGAGGCGGUAUUUCCGUCUGUCGUUCUUCUGGAGGAGAUGCUGACUCAGCCAAGCUGCCCACUGUGGAUCAACGCAGAUAUCCUCUCUGGUCCUGGGGGAAAGGCCACACCUCUGGAACCUCAGGCCUUCCUUUCUGCUGUGAGAACUCUUCCCACUCACGCUGUGCUCUCUCUCGGCUGGACUACAGGAUGGACUGCUGGGAUAGAUAAUGCAGGUUACAGCUGGAAUAUGGUGCGUGUGAUGGAGGAGAUUUGUAGAGACCUUAAACAUCCAGUAACCUUCGCAGUGCGUGCAGCUUUGCUGGCCCAAUCGCUCUCACAGCUCACAUGGCUACUGCAGCAGUCACACAGGUACACUCUAACAGUAUGGACGGGCCAGGAGGAUACGUUAAUACUUCAGGACUUACUGCCCUACAGAAAAGAAUUUGACAUCAGUAGGAUCUACUAUGACCUGCCAGACUCCCAAAGGACAGAGCUCAGUAUGACACGACAAGACAAACAUAUUUGAAAUGGUCUCGCUGCAGCAGGCCAAAGCUAGAUAGAUGAGAAAGAAAAUAACUCAAUAGUUGGUUUAUCUGCAGAAAUUAUUCUUAUGAUUUUUGCAUUUUAGUUUAGGCCUAGCAAUAUACUUCUUCUGGGCUCUAAAGUUUGAACAAAAAUUCUGAAAAUGGAAAAUGAAGUCUGGUGGCGUUGCAGAGAGCAUAAUUGUAGUUUUUUUAUGUUAAUAAAUUACAACACUUCCAAAUCCCUGUUUUUAUUUUUAUAAAAGUCAUUUGUCCCACCGCCUAAUGCUGACAAAAGACCGAUGUCAGUGUGUUUUUGUUUGGGGGGGGAAUGGCUUUGUAAGAGGUAAGGAGUAGGCCUAGCUAAUGAUACAAAAUGUCAACUAGCCACAAAAGUUUGAAAUAAACUGUAACAGCUGGAUUCAGAAAAAGGUGAAAACUGGCAUACAUUAUUGAUGUCUUGUUAUUCUAUUUAAAUAGGAAGAAGUUAGCAUGGCAUUUUGUUAGUAGUCCUCAAAAGUCCAAACUAUUUUGGGGCGGCAGUUGGCUCAGUGGUUUAGUGCGCUCAUCUUCAGAUCAGGGAGUACCGGUUCAAUCCCCCCUUGACACACACUGCAGUCGCAUGCCUUGGGCAUACAUUUUGCCCCAAAUUGCUCCUGUGGGUAUUGUCCACAGUAUUGAGAACGGAUUUGAGCACCUGUAAAAGCGCUAUAAAAAAUACCAUGUAUUAUUAUUAUUUCAUAUAAGUAACAGAAUAGUUUUCAGAUCCCUUUCUUAAAUAAAGUCAGCAAAGUGUCAAGGUUUUUCCACCUCUGUCAUGACCCAGCAUUACUGUGAUGUGCUCUGCCUUGUGAUUUGUUGACAGUUCCGGACCUGACUUGUUUUACCACUUUUUUUUUUUACUGUAAAUGUUUUCACUUUUUACGACAGGUCGGACCUGUCCUUUUGCCACUUUUUUUGAAAUCCAAAGUUAUUCACAUGUGAUCACAUGCACAGUGGAGGAAAUUAUUAUUUGUCCCUUGCCGAUUGUGUAAGUUUACCCACUUACAAAGAAAUGAACAGUCUAUAAUUUUAAUGGUAGGUUUAUUUUAAUAAUGAGACAGAAUAUCCAGAAAUGUACAUCAUGUAAGAGACAUAAGGCAAGGCAAGGCAAGUUUAUUUAUAUAGCACUUUUCAACACAAGGCAAUUCAAAGUGCUUUACAAAAAAUGAAAGAGACAUACAUUGAUUUGCAUUUGAUCCUCUUGCAACCAACAACAGUCACUGUAGACAGUUAAGCCUUCUAAUUGGACAGUCAUUUCCAUCCGAUUGGAAGUCUACAGUCGUACUGUCCAAUGGAGUUUGGAGGGGGGACUCCGACUGUAGACGUUUGGCAAAUCAGAAGGGUUAACCGUCUACAGUCACUGUACUCGCAUGUGAUUGGAAGUCUACAGUCUUACUGUCCAAUGGAGUGUUUGGAGUGGGCGGGCUGUCCGAGCGUAGAGAAACAGCGGCUCUCCGGAGACUGUCACUGUACAGUGUUAACAAGACAUAAUAAGCCAUUUUUCUUAGAGAAUUUGUGUGCAAUGUGUCUUUUAUUACUACCCGACAGUAUUCAUUCGUGUGUUUUUCGCUUUCAACUGAGUUUUUACCCCACCACUUCGUCGCUCGUUUGCUGGUGUAUCGCUAGCGAAGACUUGGGUUGACAGGUACGCUUUCUUGUCUUUUUCUGUUUGAAAACUUCUUUAAAGUAUACUUUACACGCCACAUACUUCGGCAACAUUUCUGUUGCGUCUUUCAGUGAAAUAUCCUUUCUAAGUCCUUCCUAAAGAUCUACAUGACAAACAUUGUCCCACUGUACUCCGUACAUAUAAAAGGUAGGCCUACUUAUCAUCAAAAGCCUUGGAUAACCAAGGGCUUACAAAAUGCUUGCAAGAAGAAAAAUAACCUUUAUAAAGACUUCAUAACAUUUAGGACAAAGGCAGUUGAAAAGCAAUACAAGGCAUAUACAAAUAAAUUGACAGUUCUAAUGAGACAAGCAACAAGAGAUUAUAAUAAUAUGUUAAAAGAAAAGAAAAAUGAUAUCAAGGGCACAUGGAAAAUCUUAAAUAAUGUUAUGUGAAAUAAAUCUGUAUCCACUGGCCUGCCCAGUCACUUCAUUGAUGACUAAGGUUGUAAAAAACAUGAAUGAAGUGGUUCAUGAAUUCAACUCUUGUUUUGUAAAUGUCGGACCUAAUCUUGCAAAGACUAUUCCAAAACAACACGAUGGGCAAAAAGAGGAUGGCGGAAUUGGGGGAAGUAAAGUGUUGCAGUCAAUGUUUCUGGGAGAGAUAAACGAAAUUGAAAUUAGAUCCAUUGUAGACAAAUGCAAAAAUAAGACUUCGACAGAUAGUGAUGGGAUCGACAUGACAAUAGUGAAAACGACUAUUGACUGCAUAAUUAAACCGCUAAGCUACAUCUUUAAUCUUUCAUUUCAGGUAUUUUUCCAGAUAGCAUGAAAAUAGCUAAAGUUAUCCCACUUUUUAAAACUGGGGACAAAAGCCAAUUUACCAACUACAGACCAGUGUCCUUGCUUUCACAUUUUCAAAGGUCCUUGAGAAAUUGUUUGUCCAAAAAUGUGAUAAUUCUAUUUGAAAAAAAUGAGUUAUUGAGUGAGUCAGUAUGGAUUUAGGAAGAAUCGAUCUACAGCUUUAGCUUUCAUGAAAAUAACAAGAAAUUACAACAGCUAUAGAAAGAAAUACACAAUAGGUGUAUUUAUUGACUUAAAAAAGCCAUUUGACACCAUAGACCAUUACCUAUUAAUUUCAAAAUUACAUAGAUACGGAGUGAGAGGAGUAUUUCUAGAUUGGUUAAAAAGUUAUUUAGAUAACAGACAACAAUAUGUAGAAUUUGCUGGUAGUACAUCGGAGUGUAUGAACAUAGAAUGUGGUGUCCCGCAGGGCUCGGUUUUAGGGCCUAAACUUUUUAUUUUGUACAUCAAUGACAAAUGUGAAACGUCAACAUUAUUGCAAUUUGUGUUGUUUGCAGACGACACUAAUUUAUUUUGUUCAGGAGAUGAUUUAAACAUUUUAGCAAAGUGUAUUGGACAUGAAAUAGUCAAACUUAAAAGAUGGUUUGAUGAAAAUAAGUUAACCCUAAAUUUGAAUAAAACGAAGUUUAUGGUUUUUGCUAAUAGAAAAAAAGAUGAAAACAUUUCACUGUCCAUUGAUGGAGUUUUUAUUGAAAGGGUUUCUGAAUUUCGAUUCUUAGGUGUGACGCUGGAUGAAAACCUGACAUGGAAAUCACACAUAGCACAUGUUAAAACCAAAGUGUCUAGGAAUAUUUCUGUUCUAAACAAGGCAAAGUAUUUGCUAGAUUACAAGGCAUUGAGGAUGUUGUACUGUUCACUCAUUUUGCCAUUUUUCAUGUAUUGUAUAGAAGUGUGGGGCAACACGUAUAUGAGCAACAUAAAGCCAUUGUCAAUAUUACAGAAAAAGGCAGUAAGAAUAAUUCAUAAAGCUGACUCAAGAGAACACACCAACAGACUGUUUUUUAAGUCAGGACUCUUGGAACUCAAAGACAGCUGAGCUGCAGACAUUAUCAGUAAUGCACAGGGCAAAAAGCAGAAUGUUACCAGCAUAUUUACAACAGUUGUUUGUUUUUGGAUCAGACAAGGAAGACCACAGAAGGAAAUUAAAUGUUAAGCAUCCAUAUGCAAGGACUACUCUUAAACAAAUGUGUAUUUCGGUGGUUGGUGUACAAUUGUGAAAUUCUCAACACAAGGAUCUAAAGACUUGUAUAUGUAUUUUUCAGUUAAAGAAGUUGUAUAAAUGAAGAAAGAUGGGACUAUAUGAAGCAGAAUGUGAAUAAGUCUAUGUACUCUGGUCCUGCAUUGCUAAAUGUUUUUGAUGUGAUGUCUGUUCUUUAUUUGCAGGUCCCAUUGUUAUUGUUGUUAUUGUUAUUAUCAUGCACCGCUUUCCACCUUCUUCUCCAGUAGGACUCAGAUGAGGGUGUUGCACUUUUCUUUUCCUUAUACAUGUGAUGUUUUGGUGUUUUGUUUAUUUCCGUUAACCGUCAAGUGGGAAAUAAGUAUUUGUUUGUGUUUCUCUUAGUAUCCUAAGAUACUGUUAUGUUUGGCUGUAAAAAAAACAUUAUGAAGGGCAGACCAUCUAUUUGUAUUUAUUUUUUUAGAAAGGGGCAGGUCACAUGAGACUGUAUUCUUCUCCCUGCUCCUUUUCGCUCAAUGGUGUUUUGGUAGUCAUGUUUUGUUGGCAAUUAUUGUACAUUUGGUUUUGCGUACCAUGAGCGGGACAAAUACAAAUUAAAUGAUAUAUAUUCAAAAUUAACCUGGAAAUAUAACGUAAAACUCUAAAUAAAUGAAAUGUAUAAGUAAAAGCCUCCCAGUAAGAUUAUUAUGUAAUCCGUUAGUUUAAACUAGUAUAAACCGCUAGCUGAUACUGAACUCAUAUAGACGCUCAGCAUUAGCCAUGUCGUUGUUAUUGGUUACCUGCUUGCCCAAAAUAAACUAUUUUGCCUAUUCGGGGCCCGUUGAGUCAAAUAGUAUGUGUUGUGCUUUUGCUACAGGCACUGUCCCUAAUAUCUCUGUAUUAACUGCUAAGAAGCUCAUUUUAAUCUUGUCAAUUAGGAGUAAGUGCACCCCCUUUUGUAAUAACAGUAUCGCAAAAUAUGUUUUAGAGCCCAUUGAUUAAAUGCUGACCUUUUCAAUUGAAAACUUUGUAAUAGUAAUAAUGAACUUACCUCCAAGUACAAAUUAAUUAAUUAAUUGUUGAAUUGAAGCUUGAUUUAGAUUAUUUAACUUUAUUAUCAAUUUAAAAAUGGAAGUCUUUCAAAACAAAUGCUUGAAAUUGUAUAAUCUGAACUAAAUCAGUUAAACCAUUUUAACAUUUUCCACUUUUCAUU